AGCUCCCAAUCCCAGAGGGGUGUGUUUUACAGCUCUCGGGCAUGCCUUAUGACUUCGGCUGUGACCCACAGAAGGACACCAGAGGAAAGCUACCUGAGUCAUUCACAGCUCCCUGGUCAGAGCUAGCCAUGACGAAGACUUGUACCUGCGUAUACCACUUCCUUGUUUUGAUCUGGUAUAUUUUUCUCAAUUAUUACAUCUCACAACAAGGAGAAGACCAGCGGAAAUCCAAAAUCUUUCUCGAUGGCGGACAGUGGAAGUACUUGACAUUCCUAAACCUGCUCUUGCAGGCCAUUUUCUACGGGGUCGCCUGCCUGGAAGAUGUGCUAAAAAGAAUUAAGGGGGAAAAAGACAUUAAGUUCAUGACCACCUUCAGAGACCUGCUUUUUACCACGCUGGCUUUUCCGAUCUCCACAUUUGUAUUUUUGUCAUUCUGGAUCCUCUUUCUCUAUGAUCGAGAGCUUGUUUACCCUAAGGCCCUAGAUGGUAUCUUUCCAGUAUGGUUGAAUCAUGCAAUGCACACAUCCAUAAUGCCCUUCACACUGGCUGAAGUCAUCAUCAGGCCGUAUUGCUAUCCACAGAAGAAGAAAGGUCUCACCUUGUUGGCUCUCGCUAGCCUUGCGUACAUCAGCAGGGUCCUAUGGAUCUACUCUGAGACGGGUACGUGGGUAUAUCCUGUGUUCGCCAAACUCAGCCCGGUGGGUCUAACAGCCUUCUUCUCUCUCAGCUACAUCUUUAGUGCCGGCAUCUAUCUACUUGGAGAGAAGUUCAACUACUGGAAAUGGGGUGACACGAUGCAGCCAAGGAAAAAGAGGAAGUGAUCACAGGCUGUUUUCCAAGAACAAAGGAGGAAGAAAACAUGAGAGUUUUCUUUUCUUUUCUUUUCUUUUCUUUUCUUUUCUUUUCUUUUCUUUUCUUUUCUUUUUUUUCUUUUCUUUUUUUCUGGCUGGGGAGGUGGUGGAGGCACAUAGGAAGGUAGAAAGGGUAGGCAAUGAUAUUUAAAUUUAAUAAGAGGGUUUAUGAAGGUAGCUUAAU